CGGCAUUAUUCGCUUGUGCUCGCGCAGGCUUGUGCGGCCCGUUCUGUGUGCAUCGGCACGGGAUCGUCUUCUUCGCUGUGCGUGCUAACAGCCUUCAUAACUCGGGGGACUAAACAGAGUCCCUUCCCCACUGGCUCUAGGCUACCGCAGUUAGACAGACUAACAAACUCCAGUUAAGGACAACAUUAUACACUGUAAAACCGUUUGUUCCGCUAAAAAUGUACCUGGUUCAGGUGGCAGAAAACGACAGCUACCUAACGUUAGUUGGAAAUCCAGCUAUCUAGAUAUACUGCAUCGCGGGAUUCAUUUCCUGCCUUCGUCGAUUAAAGUGAUAUUAACUGUCACGAUAGAUAGGAAAAGACGAGUACGGAUUCUCGGAUCAUCUCGUUCGGAAUACGGUGUCAACAGUGUAUUCGGUAUGAGGCUUGCUCGGUCAAUCUGCUAACGACAUUUUCCCGUAGAAUUAGCGAGCUAGCUACUGUUGCUUGCUACGUACGGCGUAUAGCUCGUCCGGUUCGGAUGAAACGAACUGGAUAGCGAGACGGCAAACAGUUUAUACUAAACAGCCGGGGUGUGUGGCUGGAUUGUCUAGUUAGCUAAAAUUGCUAUCCGUUCAUGCUGGGGUUUAGGUGCUUUCCAAUUUGCUUGGGCACGGGAAGCCGACAUUUUUCGGUUGUGUAUGUUCCUGUUGUGUUACGGAUUGUUUGUGAAGGAGAAGCCAACGCAAGGAGUCAAUAAACUGCCAAACCCAUUUAAAAUAUCAACGGGACCAUGCGAAUAAAGACUUGGAUUUGAAUCUGCGAUCAUCAGUAUCCCGACCAGAGGGCCAUCGGGCACGUCGCGCUCUGUCGCUGGCUCAAACCCAGGUUGGAAACGCACCUUGGCCUGUGUGACAGAAAACGAGAGUUCCGGGAUUCAUUUCGGGCCUAAAUACUCUGGAUCCGCAGCGAUACACACCCAAAACACGCAGGCAGAAGUCGGACACACCUGCAGUGUACCGCAGGGGCUGAAGACUUGGAAGAGGGCAGUGCUGCACUAUCUGCUGGAUCGACUUCCCCCUGGAUUUAUCCUGCCGUUUCCCCUUCCUGAGAGACGAUCAGCUGGGUGGUUUCCCCAGCCUGAGAGAAGAUCAGCCUGAGCGGAUCAGUCAGGUGGUUUCCCCAGUCUGAGAGGGGAUCAGCCGGGCGGUUUCCCCAGUCUGAGAGGGGAUCAGCCGGGCGGUUUCCCCAGUCUGAGAGAGGAUCAGCCGGGCGGUUUCCCCAGGGCGGUUUGGGGCGGAAGUGGGGGCCAUGGUGGAGACGGUCCCGUGGGAACGCUCAGUCCUGGAGACGGUUAUAUAAACAGCGUGUGCUGAGGGCGCGGCCCUGUCUGCGUGCGGGACGUCCUGAGGGCAAGCUGACGGUUUUACUGCACCAGAGAAGCCUCCUGUCCACACGCCACCCGUCCUGCGUUUCUGCGCCUUUUCAAACCCGUGCUCCCGCUUUUUAAUGCCCAAACAGGCCCGAGCUCAGACUGCGGCUCCACCCUAACCCUGCGGCUCCACCCUAACCCUGCGGCUCCACCCUAACCCUGCGGCUCCACCCUAACCCUGCUGCUCGGGGCUGCAGGACAGAGGCAUCGCGCCCCAGAGUCUGCAAAACAGAACGGGCUCGGUCCCAAGCGCUGGGAGGGUCAGCAGCCGUUUCCUGUCCUGUCACAGUGCAGUCAAGCUCCUGAGUGGAGCUCCUCCUUUCUCUGGGGAAAGUCUGUGCGUCUGUCAGUCACGCUUCUUUUCUGGACAGACCUGUUGGAUCAGUCCCAGUCAGGCCUGCCACUCUGCCUGUGUGCAGGUAUUUAUGACUGUACUGCAACACCUGGAGAGAGAAGUCCCAAACCAGAUGUCUAGUUCUGAAACCUCUCUUAUUCCAAAGAAGACGAUCUCUCCUAAUACCCAAAACAUUUUAUUUUGCUUUCUUUAAGAGAGACAACUAAAACUGAUUGUCCUCUGCCUGUUGGUUUUAGAGACUUUUCCAUAAACGCAGAUCCCUCUGAGAUCGAAAUUGGAGUGGUUUUUCUCCACUGCGUUUGACCUCUGACCCGCUGAGAGUUUGAAAAUGAGGGUUUGUGGUGGCGAAGGCGAAGGUGGGCAGGUUUUGAUUGGUCUUUAAGGGGACUGGGGUGGACUCCGGUCUGUUAGCGAGGAGCGCCGCUGUGCAUCGGGUCUGUGCCCUCGUGCGUCUGUGCCCUCGUGCGUCUGUGCCCUCGUGCGGACUGACAUGCCCGUGCACAUUCACACCUCAGAGGGAAGGUGGAUCUUUAUUUUGUGAUUCGGGCAUUUUCAAGCAUUGCCCGUUAGAUCAGUGCAUUUGUGGAUCAUUACAGACUUUCGAAUUACACCUGCAGAGGUGUCACGAAUGACUUUGUGAAAAGCACAGGUGUAGAGGCGAUGUCAUUACAGGGUAAACGCUCAGAGUAACUGAUCUACUCUUAUACCAAACACCUUAUUUAUUCCAGAAUCACACAAAGAACUUUAGGUGAAUUUGACUUUUUUUUUCUUUUCUUUUUUUUUUUUUACAAACCAAAUGUUUUAUUGCACCAAAUAUAUUUGAUGUAUUGUGAAUUUAACUUCUUAAUUUGCAGCCAUUUUUUUUAUCUGUUAGUGUUUCAAGGGACAAUUAGACAGUGAGGCGUUUAUUACGUGUGAACUCCAGAACCUGCCGCUCCUGCAGAACCUGCGGCUUCAGAACUGCGGCUUCAGUAGAGCUUGUGGUUCUGCAGCUGCUGGUUUGCCUGGGCUGUGCAGUUCCUGCAGGUUCCUCCUGUACCGCAGGUUCUCCGCGUUCUCCAUGUUCUCCGCGUUCUCUCCCAUAUACUAAUAUCUGCUUGGAGAUUUUCAGUAUUGGAUGCCAAAGUCGGAAUGGUUUUCUGGUGUGGCGUUCCUGAUUAAACCUGCUCCAGCUGCUAGACCCCCCCCCUCCAGCUCAGAAAGGUCAGAGUUCAAAGCUCAAAUUUAUAGGAGGAAAAGCCCUUAAAGGAACAGGGCUCACUGAUUAAAAAAGCAAAAACAAAUCCAUCUGGUAUCACAGACUUAGGCCACUCUUCUCCCCAUCUGUCUCUCCUCCCUCCCUCCCUCCCUCCCUCUCUCCUCCCCCUGUCCCCGUUAUGUCUCCCCUCUCACCCUCCCUCCCUCUGAUGCGACGGAGACCUUGUGUCCCCUUCCUCUCUCUCUGACCCUCCUCUUCCUCUCACUGUUAAAUCCUUCCCAAAAAGCCGACCCAGGUACCGAUCCCCCCUCCUCCCCUCCCCCACUCCCCCCCUUCCCUCUGUGAUGCCGGGUGUCAGUAAGAGUGGAGGCCCCGCCUCCUCGCCCCCCUCCUCGUCCCGCCCACUGCGGCCCAGCCGAUACGUCCCCGUCUCCGCGGCAACUGCCUUCCUAGUGGGGUCCACUACACUCUUCUUCUGCUUCACGUGUCCGUGGCUGUCAGACCAGUUCUCUGUGGCCGUUCCUGUGUAUAACGGCGUGGUCUUCCUCUUCGUCCUGGCGAACUUCUGCAUGGCCACCUUCAUGGACCCAGGCAUCUUCCCCCGAGGUAAGCAAGGGCUGCGUCGGGAAGCGGAUGAUUUCCGGCUAACGCUCUAGGUUGUGGAGAUCCGGGGGAUCAGGAUGGAGGAUGAGUGGUGCCCACCUGCUCUAUACCUCAGACCGCCCCGCCCCUCUCUCCUGCAGGACUUUGACCAUCACUGCCCAUGGGUGAAUAACUGCAUCGGCCGCAGGAACUACCGCUACUUCUUCCUGUUCCUGCUGUCGCUGACGGCGCACAUCAUGGCCGUGUUCGGCUUCGGCCUGCUCUUCAUCCUCAACCACACCCAGCAGCUGGACCACGUGCACUCUGCCGUCACGAUGGCUGUGAUGUGUGUGGCUGGCUUGUUCUUCAUCCCUGUAGCAGGACUCACCGGCUUCCACAUCGUCCUGGUGGCUCGCGGGAGGACCACCAACGAACAGGUGACGGGGAAGUUCCGAGGGGGGGUGAACCCCUUCACUAACGGCUGCUGGAGGAACGUCUCCCACGUGCUGUGCAGCUCUCAGGCUCCCAGGUAUCUGGGCAGGGGGAAGAAGGCCCAGUCGGUGCUGGUGCAGCCGCCUUUCCUCAGACCGCAGCUCUCCGACGCCCAGCUGGCUGCCAAAGUGCUGGACAACGGUAUCCAGGGCGACCUGCACAGGUCUAAGAGCAGUCUGGAGAUGAUGGAGAGCCAGUCAGCUGAUGCAGAGCCGCCUCCUCCCCCCAAACCGGAGCUUCGAUAUGGCCUGUCCCGCAGCCCCCUGUCUGUGGGGCACGGCGAGGAGAGCAGUCUGCUGCACAAAGCUCCGCCCACUCCCACCAUGUAUAAGUACAGACCUGCCUACAGCAGCCCGGGCAAGAACCACUCCAACAAGAUGAAUCGGGGGGAGAGUCUGAAGGAGUCUCCAUCUCUCCGACACUCCGGUGGGCCGGGGGGGGCGGGGUCGGGGGUGGGGGCGGGGUUUCGGUCGGAGCCCAGCCUGGACGGGCGCGAGGGCGAUCGGGGCUGCCGGGACAGGGGCGGGGCAGGAGUGGGCGUGGCCAUGCCUGCUUCGGGGAUCCCCGGCUAUUCCCUGGGGGGGCGGUCCUACCCGUCCUUCUCAGACCCCACAGUGCUGUCGGGGGGGGCGUCGCGCUCCUCUAGCGUCCGGUCCGCCCACACGGCCCACAAUGCACCUGGGGCGCUGCACUCGGAUGGCACCACCUCCACCAGCUACAAGAGCCUGGCCAAUCAGACGCCUCGAAACGGCAGCCUAUCGUACGACAGCCUGCUCACCCCCUCCGAGGGCCCGGAGUUUGAGUCGGCCGCCCCAGACCCGCCCCCCCACGCCCACCCCGGCCCGGUGCCCCCCGCGUUGCUAGGCUACAGCUCCCCCUUCCUGUCGGCGCAGAUCGCCCACCAGCGCGAGCCCUCGUCCCCCCACCACGCCUUCCUGCCCCGCCCCACCAGCCCCGCCCACCUCCCGGAGCGGGACUCCCACCGCCCCACCCAGCACCACCCCCGCCCCGCCCGCUUCUCCCGCCCGCCCCUCCUGGCCGACGCCCACCCCUACUCCUACCGAGCGCGCUCCCUGGGAUCGCCGGAGACGGCGGCGCCCGUAGCCCCGCCCCCGGCCCCGCCCGCCCCGCUGGGGAAGUCCCUGUCCUACUCCAGCGCCGCGGCUGCAGAGAUGCAGUACCGCAUGGUGCGCAAGGCGUCGGCCGGGGGCGGGGCAGGGGGCGGGGCCGGGGGCGGGAUCCAGGCCCCAAAGGACGAGAUUCAGAUGAAGUCCUACAGCCGGUCCAAUGGGCAGCCCAAGCCUGCCCCCUCCUCCCCCUCCCACCCAACCAGCCUCUCCACCCGCCCGGGCCCGGCCAAUCAAAGCGCUGCUCCUUCACAGAGUCCCACCCACAAGCCGGGGGGUGGGGUGAAGAAGGUGACGGGCGUCGGAGGGACGACCUAUGAGAUCUCCGUUUGAGUGACAGGCGGCAGCUUCGUCCAAUGGGGGGGGGGGGGGUAGGAUCACAGGCCCCUCCCCCUGCUCUGGUGAAAGGAGCCUUGCAAUUGGAGGAGGGACAUCACAUGGGGAUAUGUGAUUUGAGGAACGCAGAGGGGUGUUCGUCAGUCACGCUGUCACACGGCUUGUUUUUCAUCCCUCCUUCCGAAAGCAAUGGACUCCCCUUCUCUCCAUGGGGUGGAGAUGUACCCCCCCUCCCCUCCCCCCCCAAAAAAAACAUCUGCCUCCACUGCAUUCAGUCAGCACCUGACUUUCCAGGGGACUCAGGUAGCCAAUCACACGCCUUCUAGAGGCAGGACUCUGGCCAGUGGCUGUGAAGGACAAACGGUGAGCUGGCCAGUCACCAGGAAGGCUGCAAACGUGUGAGAGACAGCGCUGACUGAUCUCCCUUUUUAUUUUUAUUAUAAUGGACUCGAGAUGCGUACAUUUGGACAUUAAAGGAGGUUUGAAAGGAGGACAGAACGGCUGACCUGUCCUGAGUCUAAGGAUCAGCUCAGGCUCUGUCUCCAGGACCACAGGAGCUUCAACUACACAGGCCACUGUGAUUGGUCGGGGACCACUGCUGCCCAUUUAACCGACCAAUCAGUAAAUGGGACAUUAAUAUUACUGGCAGGUAUCAGGGCAGAUGAUUGGUUCAUUGUCUGGACUUCACCGGCAGGAGCCGCCUGAUCUCGGACUGGAUUUGGCGAUUGCCUUUGAAUUCCAGGAAAAAAAACAAAGAUUUUGCUUAUUUAAUUUUCUUUUUUAAAUCUUAGUUUGUAUGAAUUUAUAUAGUUACUGAUUUAAAAAAAUGCUCAUGAUUUUAAUGGUGUCAAGUGACACACUGGCUUACAAAAGAUUUCAUACAGCAAAUGUUUGUUCACUUUAAUGGCUAAGCCAGCCGAUCAGACGCAGCUCUCAUAACCAAUGGGGUUUAUUCUCUGCAGCUGAGAACUAGCCUCAUUAAAACAGUCAAAACAUGCAUCGGUUCUUGUGGAGUAAAAUUCUGAAAUAUUCUGUUGAGAGGAUAUGAAAUGCCUGGUGUCUGUUGUAGUUUUAAAUGACUGGAUUUUUUUAUUUUUGUUUUAUUUUUUUAAAUAUUUCAGUCGUCAGUUAAGAGCCAGACCUCCCUCUGGUUGCCUUUGACAAAGCUGGCCUAUCAGGAAUCGGAUUAUGUGUCAUGUGAUUUGGGUCAGUCAGAGAGGACCUUAUGGGCCAUUUCCAAAAAGUUCAUAUCCUGGAGCUUUCCAAGUGGGACGCGAUUAAAAAAUCAUUUUUAAAUUCAAAGUUAUUUUGCAAGUUUGUUGGCUGACGAGGGGCCAGCAUGGAGACUGUUCUGUGCGGCUCUUCGAUUUGAGGACUGUUUGACCAAUCAGAAGCAGAAAAUGGAAACUUUGAAUAAAUGCAUAGCAGCAUACUGCCGAAUGGGAGGGGCUAUAAUGUGACUGACAGCCGGCUAGCCAACCUAAACGGCCAAUGAUGUAGUGAUAUGGGGAGAGGGAAGGCGGGGCCUGAAACAUGGGUGUGUUUAAAAAAAAAAAAAAAAAAAAAGUUUAUUGUAUAGCUCUGCGUGGGAGAGUGUGUGUAUGUGCGUGUGUGUGGCUGAGCAUUGGUCAUAAUAAACCGUUUAUAAAACA